AUGCUUUCAAGUCUAGUUCACUCAAUUAGUCAUCAUCUCCUUCAAAGAACCACGCAAUUUCCCAUUCGUUUCCGUGUUUUAUACUCGACUUUAUCUAUUUGCGACGAUCUCCCAAAGAAGCUCAAGAAAUUUGAGAGGAAACCAUUGGUAACAAGUAUCAACGAACUAAAACGACGAGGUAGGGAGAAGAGAAAAGAGAGACAAAAGGUUGGUGAGAUUGUUUUACAAUCUCCUGAAAAUGGAUUGUUGGUUCAGAAAUUAGUUCCUAUCGCUAAGGAAGUUUUUGCUGCGAGAUCUGAAUUAGUGUCCUGUGUUUCUAGACUUGUGAAGCUUAUUGCUAUUUAUUCAUGCAGCAUAUGCGGAGAAGUUCAUGUUGGUGAUCCACCACAUCAAAUUAGAACAUGCAAUGUUAGAGGAAGCUUGUCGAGCAAAGAACACAGUUGGGUCAAAGGUGGUAUUGAACAUAUUCUGCCUCUUGUUGAGUCAUUUCAUCUGUAUGAUAGAAUUGGGAGGGCUGUUUCACAUAAUGAAAUGCUUCAAGUGGACCGAAUUCCAGCAAUUGUUGAAUUGUGUAUCCAGGCAGGUCUUGACAUACCUGAGUACCUUACCAGGAGAAGGACCUUUCCUGUUUACUGCGUUGCUGGUCGGAUAAUCGAUUUUGAGAAAAGAUUUCCUAAAGAAAUUUCUCUUGACAAAGAUAUAGAUGAAUAUGGAUUUCCAUAUAAGAAAAAGAGAUUGGAUGAAGACACAAAUUCUACGGAAAUGCAUUGUGAUGACAUCCAAGCUGUUGCUGUGCGAGGUAUGAAAGCCUGGAAGAAAAUGUGCUCUGGAGCUUCAAAACUUAUGGAGAAAUAUGUUGUACAAACUUGUGGAUACUGUCCAGAGGUACAAGUGGGACCUAAAGGUCAUAGAGUGCGAAAUUGUCAAGCUUACAAACACCAGAUGAGGGAUGGACAGCAUGCAUGGCAGGAGGCUACAAUAAAUGAUUUUGUGCCUCCUGUAUAUGUCUAUCACAUUCAAGAUCAGCAACCCAAUAAGCCUUUGGUAAAUGAGUUGAAAAGGUACUAUGGAACCGUUUGGGCAUUGAAAGAGUCUAAUUUAAAAUUAAGUCAUGAUGAUAUGGAGUUCAUUUGCUUUUGA